AUGCGGCACCAUCGCAGCCGCAGCAACAGCGUGGACCGGUCCCCGGGGAGGCGGCCCAGGCCCCAGGCGGGCCCGGCCUACCCAGCCUGGCGCAGCCACAGCCGCGACACAACUCCGACGCGCCGCAGCCCCCCAACAGCAAGCUACCCGGAGACUCACAGCAACUCGCAGGGACGGCGCCCCCAGAGUCCCAGUCCCCAGCGCCGCAGCCGCCGCCGCCGCCCCUGGCACAGCCACAGCCACAGCCCCAAGCCCCCGGGCCGCCGCCGCAGCAGGAGCCAUCCCGGGGCAGACGGGGUCCGCCGCCACUGGUUCAGCCCCAGCCCACGAGGACGCAAGAAGCGCGGCUAUCGUUCGCAGCGCCGCGGCAAGAGCCACAGCCCUCGGCGCCCCCCCUGGAUGAGCUACAGCCCCCGGCGGCCCCCCUGGAUGAGCCGCAGCCCCCCAGACGCGCGGCACCGCCGCAGUAGAAGUCGCCGCAAGGCCCGCAGGAGGAAGGAAGACGCCGGCUCCCCGCGCCGCCGCCGCCACUGGUUCAGCGAGAGCCGCAGCCCGCAGCCCAGCAGGAAGAAAAGCAGCCGCAGCCGCCGCCGCAAGGUGAGCCACAGCUCGCCGCGCCGCCGCCGCCCCCCGUGGCUCAGCCCACGGCCUCGAAGCGGCAGCCCCCGCAGGACACACCACUGGUUCAGCCCCAGCCCUCGCCGCGACCGCCGCCCCCCCACCAAGAGCCCUCGUCGCCGCCGGGACGCCAAGAUGGCCCGCAGCCCGCAGCCCCGGACCGCCGCCCGCCCCAGGCCUGAGCGGCGCCACUGGUUCAGCCCCGCAGCCCCGAAGAGGCCCCGCAAGACGAGGCGCCGCGCCCCGCGACGCAGCUACCGGCAGCGACGCAGCCUCAGCACGCACCGCACCUUCCUGCAGCGCCGCAGCCAGAGUCCGCACCCGCUGUACCGCCACCGCCGCUCCCGCAGCACCGAGAUGAGCCGCAGUCUCAGCGACUACCACAGCCGCAGCCACAGCGACCACCCCAAGACCCGCCACGCCCACCCCCGAGAUGAGGAGCCACAGUGA